AUGUUUUGGGCAGCAUUAUUACUGCCCAUCCUGGGAUUUUCCCAUGCUGUACCACCCCACUGGUUCCCUGGGAAUUUUACCUCAGAUGAGGUUGGAGCAGAAGAAUUUGUGCGUGACUACAAUACCACGGCUGAAGAGGUCUUCUUCUAUAGCACAAAUGCCAGCUGGAACUACAACACUGACCUGACCAAGCAUAACAGCAUACAACAAAUUGCAGCUUCACUGGAUGAGCAGGCCUUCACAGAGGCCUGGGGUAAAAAAGCUAAGGAACUCUUCAGUGAUGCUCUGAUGGACAGUUUUACGAACCCUAAUUUGAAGAAACUGAUCAAGAAGAUCAAUAUUCUUGGAGCUGCAAACCUACCCCAGAAAGAACGAGAGAAGUACAAUUCCAUUCUUAGCAAAAUGGACAAUAUCUACUCUACUGCCAAAGUGUGUCCACCAGGUGGGACUGAGAAUUGCUGGUCUCUGGAGCCUGAGCUAACUGAAAUUAUGGCAAACUCACGGAGUUAUAAGAAGUUGCUCUACGCAUGGGAGGGUUGGCACAACAACUCGGGUGAGCCCCUGAAAGAGUUCUAUCCAGAAUUUGUGGAGCUCAGCAACAGAGCCUCUCGCAUGGAUGGUUUUGCAGAUACUGGUGACUAUUGGCGUUCAUGGUAUGAGUCACCUACCUUUGAAGAUGAUUUGAAAACCCUUUCCAAGCAGGUGGAACCCCUCUACCAGAAUCUGCAUGCCUUUGUACGUCGUAAACUGUACAAUCACUACGGACCCAAGUACAUCAACCUCAAAGGCCCCAUCCCUGCCCACUUGCUUGGAAACAUGUGGGCACAAACCUGGAACAAUAUAUAUGACAUGAUGAUCCCUUUCCCAAAUAAACCCAAUGUUGAUGCCACAAAUGCCAUGGUCUCAAAGAACUGGAAUGCCACUCACAUGUUUCGGGUUUCUGAGAAUUUCUUCACCUCCCUGGGCCUUCUGCCUAUGCCCCAGAAAUUCUGGCAGUUAUCCAUGCUUGAAAAGCCCACAGAUGGACGGGAAGUUGUGUGCCAUGCCUCUGCCUGGGACUUCUACAAUCGUGAGGACUUCAGAAUCAAGCAGUGCACCACAGUGACCAUGGAGCAGCUGUUCACUGUGCACCAUGAGAUGGGCCACAUUGAAUACUACCUGCAGUACAAGGAUCAGCCAGUCAGCUUUCGUGGGGGUGCUAAUCCAGGCUUCCACGAGGCUGUGGGUGAUGUGCUGUCCCUUUCUGUCUCCACACCCAAGCACUUGCACAAGAUUGGACUACUGGAACAGUUAACCAAUGACACUGAGAGUGACAUAAACUACCUGCUGAAGAUGGCCCUAGAAAAGAUUGCCUUCCUGCCAUUUGGGUAUCUUAUUGAUCAAUGGCGAUGGGAUGUUUUCAACAGCCGCACGCCCCCUGAACGCUACAAUGCAGAAUGGUGGUACCUCAGAACGAAGUACCAGGGAAUCUGUCCACCAAGCCAGCGCACAGAGGAGCACUUUGAUGCAGGAGCCAAAUACCACAUACCUGGAAACACACCAUACAUUAGAUACUUUGUGAGCUUCAUCCUGCAAUUCCAGUUCCAUGAAAAACUGUGUGAAGCAGCCAAACAAAAUGGACCACUACACACAUGUGACAUCUACGAGUCCAAAGAAGCAGGAAUGAUCCUUGCGAAGGUCCUCCAGGCUGGUUCUUCUAAACCCUGGCCAGAAGUGCUGCAGGAUGCCCUGGGUAUCAGUAAGAUGGAUGCCCGCCCUCUAAUGAAGUACUUCCAGCCCAUCAUAGAUUGGCUUCAGGAACAGAACAAAAAUGAGAUUUUGGGCUGGCCAGACUUUCAGUGGAGGCCUCCAGUGCCUGAGGGCUACCCGGAAGAUCUUGCCCGCUUGAUCACCAAUGAGGGAGAAGCUCGACUGUUCCUGGAACAGUUUAACAGAACUGCAGAGAAGGUGUGGAAUGCCUACACGGAGGCAUCUUGGGCCUACAACACAAAUAUCACGGAUACAAAUAAGCAAAUCAUGCUUCGUAAAAACCUGGAGAUGUCCAACCACACAAAUACGUAUGGGUUGAUGGCACGCAAAUUUGACCCCACAGACUUCCAGGAUGCAUCAAUAAAGCGCAUACUAAAGAAACUGAGUGACGUUGAGAGGGCAGUGCUUCCAGAGGAAGAGCUAAAGGAGUAUAACAACCUACUAGCCAACAUGGAGACCAAUUACAGUGUGGCUGAAGCAUGCAGAGCGAAUGGAAGCUGUCACCCUCUGGAUCCAGAUCUCAAUCAGAUCAUGGCUCAGUCCAGGGACUAUGAUGAGCAGCUAUUUGCCUGGGAGGGCUGGCGCAAUGCAUCUGGCAGGAUUCUCCGAGAUGAUUAUAAGAAAUAUGUGCAGCUUGCCAACAAGGCUGCCAGACUUAAUGGCCAUGCUGAUAAUGGAGCCUUUUGGCGCUCCCUGUAUGAGACUCCCACAUUUGAACAGGAUCUGGAAAAUAUCUGGAAGGAGCUUGAGCCGCUCUACCUUGAUUUGCAUGCCUAUGUUCGUAGAGCUCUCUACAAGACAUAUGGACCCAGCCGUAUCAACCUGAAGGGGCCAAUCCCUGCUCAUCUUUUGGGUAACAUGUGGGCCCAGACCUGGUCAGGUAUAAUGGACCUUGUCAUCCCCUUCCCUGAUGCCACACAGGUAGAUGCCACUCCAGCCAUGAUAGCCAAGGGCUGGAAUGCCACAAUGAUGUUUAAGGCGUCUGAUGACUUCUUCACUUCCCUUGGUCUAUUACCAAUGCCCCCUGAAUUCUGGAGCAAGUCCAUGUUGGAGAAGCCAAAGGAUGGGCGAAAUGUGGUGUGCCAUGCCUCAGCCUGGGACUUUUACAAUCGCAAAGACUUCAGGAUCAAGCAGUGUACGGUGGUGACCAUGGAUGAUCUCAUCACUGUCCAUCAUGAGAUGGGCCACGUGCAGUACUUCUUACAAUACAAGGACCAACACAUCUCCUUCCGGGAUGGUGCCAACCCAGGUUUCCAUGAGGCCAUUGGUGAUGUGCUGGCUCUAUCUGUUUCUACUCCCAAGCACCUCAACAGCAUUGGGUUGCUGGACAAGGUGGAGAGCAAUAAUGAGAGUGACAUCAACUACCUGAUCAGCAUCGCCUUGGACAAGAUUGCCUUCCUUCCUUUUGGUUACUUGAUCGACCAGUGGCGGUGGAAGGUGUUUGAUGGGCGGAUCUCUGAAAGUGAAUACAACAAAGAGUGGUGGAAUCUCAGACUGAAGUACCAAGGAUUGUGCCCCCCAGUGGCCCGCAGUGAGAAAGACUUUGACCCUGGUGCCAAGUUCCAUAUCCCUGCCAAUGUCCCCUAUGUCAGGUACUUUGUCAGCUUCAUAAUCCAGUUCCAGUUCCACCAAGCUCUAUGUAACGCAGCCAAUCACGUGGGCCCACUCCACACUUGCGACAUCUACAAGUCAAAGGCUGCAGGGAAACUAAUUGGUGAUGUGAUGAAGCUGGGCUUUAGCAAGCCAUGGCCAGAGGCCAUGGCCAUGAUCACAGGUCAGCCUCACAUGUCUGCCCUGCCAUUGAUGGAGUAUUUCAAGCCUCUCAGCACAUGGCUGAAAGAGGAGAACAAAAAAAAUCAAGAAGAGCUGGGCUGGCCUGAUUAUGACUGGAGACCACAGAGUAAGUCUAAACCCCAACCACCCACUACUCGUAAGACAGAAGACACAGUGGAUUUCCUUGGGAUGAGUGUGGACACUGCUGGAGCUGUAGUGGGGCAGUGGGUCCUCCUGAUACUGGGACUGGUGUUUCUGGUCACCACCAUUUACUUCGGAUAUAAUAACAGGACAUCUAAGAAACAUGGGAAGUCAUCCUCCACAAUGGACUUGAAACCAAGGGCUGAGUGAGAGCCAACUCAUUCUCUCCUUGUUCAAGGCUUGUGAAUGUUUGUAUGUUUCGGUUUUAUUAAUCUGUCUACAAUAUUCUUCUUGAUACCCUGCAUAUUUCUAUACAUUUAUGUGAAAACUGCAAAGAAGCAGUAAUUUAUUUUAAAUUGUUGAAUGAUGGGUGGAGGGGGGUCAAUCCCAGUUUCAGUCAGGAAAUAUAUAUAUAUAUGUAUAUAUAUAUAUAUAUAUUCUUUUUUUUGUUUUUUUUUUUGCACAUUUUGGUAACUGUACUAAUAAACUGUAGAAUAAGAAAAAAAUAAUGUAUGCAUCUUCUAUACUUAUUUGGUUAAAAUCAGUCCUGCAAAUUAGGGAAAAGACUGUAUAAAAUAGGCAAAACAUCAAUUGUUUGAAUGAAUGGUGAAACAGCAGAAAAAGCAUUAAGGGUAAUAAACAAAAAAGUAUCAAUCAUCU